CGGAAAGACACGCCGAGAGGCCAUUCUAGGACAGUGAUUCCUCUCGACCGUCAACUUCAACUUGAACUCUGUUUCGCUGCUUAAGUUGGUUGUUGACUCUUACUCGCUCGCAGUUACGAAACGUUGUGACUCUAGUUGGUGCUGUGUGAGUGCACUUCUUCUCCGAUAGCCCCUUCGUUGCAUGCCGCAUUUUUUUUUUACGAUCAAGGACGUUUAUGUGGAACUGAUUGAAGAUGAAAUACUCAUGGGCCAUAUGUGCAAUUCUAGUCAUAGCAAAUAUCCACAUCGCUCUAGGAAGAAUAGCGUUUGAAAAAUUAACGGAGUACGACUAUCGGGGGACGACAUAUUACACGGUGAAGAACUUGAGUUUGUACGAAUGUCAGGGAUGGUGUAGGGAAGAACCAGAUUGCCAGGCGGCGGCCUUCAGCUUCGUCCUCAACCCUUUAAUCCCCGUUCAGGAGACCUUGUGUCAGCUCCAGAACGAGACACAGGCCAACAAUCCCACUGCCACGCCUCAGAGAGCCAUCAAUAUGUAUUACAUGACGAAACUGCAGCUUAGAAGUGAGAACGUGUGCCUCAGACCGUGGGCUUUCGAAAGAGUGCCCAACAAGAUGAUCAGAGGCUUGGACAACGCACUCAUCUACACUUCUAGCAAGGAGACCUGCCUGGCUGCUUGCCUGAAUGAGCAUCGUUUCACGUGCAGAUCAGUGGAAUACAACUACGUCACCCUGCAGUGCCAGUUGAGCGAUUCAGACAGAAGAACGACAGGUCAAUUCGUUCAAUUCGUAGAUGCCCAAGGAGUAGAUUAUUUCGAAAAUCUUUGCCUGAAAGCAAAUCAGGGAUGUAAGAGCAACCGAGUAUUCCAGACACCUCGAUUCGGAGUGGCAGACGACAAAGUGGCUCAAUAUGCAUCUCUUCAUUACUAUACCGACAAAGAACUUCAAGUGACGAGCGAGGCAGCUUGUCGCUUGGCUUGUGAAAUUGAAAACGAGUUCCUCUGCAGGUCUUUCCUAUACAAGGGACCUCCACAAGGUACUCAGUACAACUGUCAACUGUUCCAUUUGGACCACAAGACCUUGCCGGACGGACCCAGCACCUACCUGAACGCUGAAAGGCCACUAAUCGACAACGGGCAGAGGAUUGGAGAGUACUUUGAGAAUGUUUGCGAGAAGGGUGCCGCUGGACAAUCAGGAGCUCCAUCAGACAACACAUUACCAGUCGUAUUCGAUGCCACAGAAGAUCCAAAUCUGAACAAUCUGACGAAAAGUGAUGUCAACUGUGAUAAAACAGGAACAUGCUACGACGUAUCCGUAAACUGCAAAGAUACAAAAAUCGCUGUUCAGGUGAGGACCAACAAGCCCUUCAACGGAAGAAUCUAUGCUUUAGGUCGAUCAGAAACAUGCAACGUGGACGUCAUAAACAGCGAUCUCUUCAGAUUGGACUUGACUAUGGGCGGGCAAGACUGCAACACUCAGUCAGUUGUCGGCGUAUACAGCAACACAGUUGUCCUGCAACACCACAGCGUAGUAAUGACCAAGGCUGAUAAAAUCUAUAAGGUGAAAUGCACCUACGACAUGUCUUCGAAGAACAUCACCUUCGGAAUGAUGCCAAUUAGAGAUCCAGAAAUGAUCAGCAUCACAUCUGCUCCUGAGGCACCCCCACCAAGGAUCCGCAUAUUGGACAGUCGAUCAAGAGAGGUGGAGACUGUGCGAAUUGGAGACAAGCUCACCUUCAGAAUUGAGAUUCCCGAAGACACGCCAUAUGGUAUUUUCGCAAGAAGUUGCAUCGCAAUGGCUAAGGACGCAAAGAGUACUUUCCAGAUCAUCGACGACGAAGGAUGUCCAGUGGAUCCGACUAUUUUCCCGGCUUUCACUCCCGAUGGAAAUGCUCUGCAGUCUGUUUAUGAGGCUUUCAGAUUCACAGAGUCUUACGGUGUGAUCUUCCAGUGUAACGUCAAAUAUUGUCUGGGACCAUGCGAACCGGCUGUUUGUGAAUGGGGUCGUGACUCUAUUGAAUCUUGGGGAAGGAAGAAGAGAUCAUUGAAUAACAACACAACGGAAGAAGAAAAGGAAGAAGAUAUGACGCUCAGUCAAGAAAUUCUUGUCUUGGAUCUAGGCGAUCAAAAACAGUCAGAGUUCCUGAAGAGUGAUUUGAACAGUGCUGACUUUGGGAAAGAUAAGACUGUGACCAUCAUGGAACCCUGCCCGACAAAAACAUCGGUUCUGGCGUUGGGAGUGACCUGUGCCCUCUUGGUCCUACUUUACAUCAGCACGUUAUUCGUCUACUACAUGAAGAAGUGGCUUAACCCCGGAAAACACAUUCCUUGAACUGCAGGGAGAAAUGUAAAGACUUUUAAUGCUCAAACGAUGGCUUCUACAUAACAGUAUUGAGUUGGACUAAUUCCAUAUGUACCUACGUUUCGCGAAAAUCGCGCGAGUUCGUGUCUGUGGAAUCUUUAGGAGAACGUUGCAACACGCAAUAACAAAUAUAGAAGAAUUUUGUCUUCCUUCGGGGAGGUGGUGGUUUCUUAGGUGUCGGUUUUGCUUCAGACCUCUGUCGUAGGUUCUCUUUUCGUUUUUUUUUUCACCGUUUCAAGAAUAUCCUCGAAAAUAUUGGUGUUGUCCAAAACUAAAUUACUGCCGGCUUAUUUUUGUAAUGGUGAAAUCCGCCUUUUAUUUUAAAGUUUAUUUAAUUUAUUUAUUUUUACCAUUGUAUAUACAAAAUCGAUAUAAUUAGUUCAACUUUUUUAUAAUUUCUAUAGAUGAAG